AUGAGUGUUCAAACAGCAACACGAGCGGAGGCUCGAGUGAGUGUGGCACAAUGUUCUGCAUGCAACAGAAGGCACCACCGAGGAGUAGUGUGCGAGGUUCUUAGGCAACAGAGGGAACGCGAGAGCAGACAGGCAGAUGGGGCAAUGGACAGUAGCACACCACAAGAGGGUGUUGGUGAGGAUGGAGAUGCUGAAUUAUUGGAUGAGGAGUGGGGCAGCGGUUCGGAUUCAGAGGAUGAUGUAGAGGAACAACCAGUGGUCGAAGGUGCUCAAGCUGGUGCUCAAGGUGCUGUCCAAGGUCAUGUGCACACCGUUCUGCGUGAAGUAUUUGGAGGGAUGGGAGGAGGAGGUGAGAAUGGGGGAUGCGGAGAGAUGGGAGGUGCAGGUGAGAAUGGGGGAGGCGGAGGGAUGGGAGGAGGAGGUGAGAAUGGGGGAGGCGGAGGGAUGGGAGGAGGAGGUGAGAAUGGGGGAGGGGGAGGGAUGGGAGGAGGAGGUGAGAAUGGGGGAGGCGGAGGGAUGGGAGGAGGAGGUGAGAAUGGGGGAGGCGGAGGGUUGGGAGGAGGAGGUGAGAAUGGGGGAGGCGGAGGGUUGGGAGGAGGAGGUGAGAAUGGGGGAGGAGGAGGGAUGGGAGGAGGAGGUGAGAAUGGGGGAGGCGGAGGGUUGGGAGGAGGAGGUGAGAAUGGGGGAAUGGGAGGAGAGGCAAGAGCAGGAGGGAGGGGAGUAGUGCGAGAUGAAGGAGGAAUGGCUGAUGUUAGAGGAGUGGCUAAGAGAGGGGAAACGACUGGAAUGGGAAGAGGAACAGGGAGGGGAGGACAUACGGGGAGGGGAGGGCAUACAGGGAGGGGAGGACAUACAGGGAGGGGAGGACAUGCAGGGAGGGGAGGACAUGCAGGGAGGGGAGGAGUGGCAGGGAGAGGAGGAGCAGCAGAGAGUGGGGGAGUAGGAGGGCGGGGUGGAGCAGGUGAAAAUGCAGGAGUCGGAGGGAGGGGAGGAGUAGCAGAGAUGGGGGGAGGCGGAUGGAGGGGUGGACCAGCAGAAACAAGGGGAAGGGCAGGGAGAGGAAGAGGACAAGCGGAGAGGGGUGGAGUCCGGGCGAGGCGAGGAGCAGACAGGAGUGGAGUGGAGACGGCUGAGAGAGGACCAACAGUGAGCGGGGGGGUGGGAGUGCAGGGAGGAUCUGCAGAGAGAGGAGGAGGAAGGGCUGAGAGACGGCCAACAGUGAGUGUAGGAGUGGGACCAAGGGGAGGGGUGGGGGGUGAGAGAGGACCAGCAGUGAGCGGUGGAGUGGGGCUGAGAGGAGGAGCCACAGAGAGUGGAGGGGUGGGGGGUGAGAGAGGGCCAGGGUUGAGCGGUGGAGUGGGGCUGAGAGGAGGAGCCACAGAGAGUGGAGGGGUGGGGGGUGAGAGAGGACCAGGGUUGAGCGGUGGAGUGGGGCUGAGAGGAGGAGCCACAGAGAGUGGAGGGGUGGGGGGUGAGAGAGGGCCAGGGUUGAGCGGUGGAGUGGGGCUGAGAGGAGGAGACACAGAGAGUGGAGGGGUGGGGGGUGAGAGAGGGCCAGGGUUGAGCGGUGGAGUGGGGCUGAGAGGAGGAGCCACAGAGAGUGGAGGGGUGGGGGGUGAGAGAGGACCAGGGUUGAGCGGUGGAGUGGGGCUGAGAGGAGGAGCCACAGAGAGUGGAGGGGUGGGGGGUGAGAGAGGACCAGGGUUGAGCGGUGGAGUGGGGCUGAGAGGAGGAGCCACAGAGAGUGGAGGGGUGGGGGGUGAGAGAGGACCAGGGUUGAGCGGUGGAGUGGGGCUGAGAGGAGGAGCCACAGAGAGUGGAGGGGUGGGUGGAGGUGUAGGAGAUCAUAACAAUGGUGAUAACGUCAUUCGUUUUCGGUUGCGGCGAAUGCAGCACCUGCGUCAGCAGAGACAGGUGGCAUCCGAGUCAGGUCGUGGGGAUCAACGGCCGGCAACAGUGGAUGCUGAAGCAAGCGGGGAGGAGAGAGAGGAAACAGGGAGUGUGGAGCCAAGGGGAGGGGCCAGGCAGGUUGUACAGGCCCGGAUACCCGAUACACAAGAGUCAGUUGUUGUGGAUGAGCCAGUUGCUGAUGACCAAUGUGUGGAAAUGCAGGAGGAACUGCAACACUUGCGGUUGGGGCAGAAGCAACGGCGCCAGUGGAGAAGCUUGCAGUUGCAGCAAAGACGCUUGAGACGGCGGGAGCAGGAGCAGCAGUGGGACCCUAGGCAUGGACAGCAGCAGCAGCAGCGGAGGGGUCAGCAGCAGCAAGAGGGGCAGCAGGGGCAGCAGCAACAGCAGCAAGAGGGGCAGCAGCAGCAGCAGCAGCAGCAGCAGCAGCAGCAGCAGCAGCAGGGGCAGCAGCAGCAGGGGCAGCAGGGGCAGCAGGGGCUUAUGGGGCACGAGCAGCAGCGGCAGGGGCGGCAGCGGCGGCGGGAACAACAGCAGCAGCAGCAGCAGCAGCAGCAGCAGCAGCAGCGCCAGGGGCAGCAGCAGGGGCGGCAACAGGGGCAGCAGCAGGGGCAGCAGCAGGGGCAGCAGCAGGGGCAGCAGCAGGGGCAGCAGCAGGGGCAGCAGCAGCAGCAGCAGGGGCAGCAGGGGCAGCAGCAGCAGCGGCAGGGGCGGCAGGGGCGGCAGCGGCGGUGGGAGGAGCAGCAGCAGCAGGGGCAGCAGCAGCAGGGGCAGCAGGGGCAGCAGGGGCAGCAGCAGCAGCAGCACCAGCAGCAGCAGCAGCAGCAGCAGCAGCAGCAGCAGCGCGAGUUGCAACCACAGCAUCAGGGACAGCAUGAGCUGCUCCAAGCUUAG